UAUUUAUUUAUUUAUUUUUAUUAACUUCUAAAUGAAAAUUGGAUCCAAGUGAUCAUAUGCCAAUUCAGAUUCCAUUAUUCACAGAGUCACUCACUGGUUACGAUUAAUGGAUAAUGGUGGUAUGAACCCUCAAUACAGUGCAAAAUGAAGGCAAAUCCUUACACUGCAAAUUCUCCACCCUUUUCUUCCCCAAUUUUCCUCCUUUCUACCCCCAAUUUUACGCCAAAUCAUGCUAAUGGCAGAAUAAUCAAAGCAUCAUUAUCACCAUCAUCUUCUUCAGACGAAAAGAAGAGCAAAAUCGAAAUAAGGGUUUGUACUAACAGGACUUGCAGGAGACAAGGAUCAUUGGAAAUUUUCCAAGUGCUCUCUGGAAUUGCGCCUCCACACGUUUCUGUGAUUUCUUGCGGGUGCCUCGGUCGAUGUGGGGCGGGCCCUAACGUUGUCGUUUUGCCCGAGGGUGCGUUUUUAGGUCACUGUGGGACUCCAAUCAAGGCCGCGAAUUUGAUGUCGUUAGUUUCCGGGAUUGAUAGUAGCGAGGUCGAGAGUAGUACAGAAAAUUGCUUGAAGGCAUUGGCGUUGAGGAAGAGAGCUGAGGAUGAAACGAGCCUCGGAAAUUUCUCCAUCACUUAUAAUUUGCUGUCACAGGCUAUAGAUCUUAAUCCGUUUGGGGGUGUCCAUAUUUUGUACAAGGACAGAUCUGCAGCCAGGUUGGCAAUGGGAGACACAGCUGGGGCACUUGAAGAUGCUACAAAGGCUUUGACUCUUGCCCCUAACUAUCAUGAAGGUUAUAUUUGCCAUGCUGACACUUUAAUGGCUAUGGAUCAAUUUGAAGCAGCGGAGGAGUCCUAUUCAAUAGCUUUAGAAUUAGAGCCCUCAAUCCGUCGCUCCAGAUCAUUCAAGGCUCGAAUUGCAAGGCUUCAGGAGAAAGUAUUUCCUUCAAAUUUGGGUUGACUUGAUGUUAUGUUUGGCAUUGCUUGUGUCAAAGAAUUGUAAUGGAACUAAUGGUAGAUUAGUUAUCACCUUUUUUUCUAGUGUUCGUUGGCUGUCCUUGUAUUAAAUUGAUCAAGUAUGGGUCUCCUUUGGAAACAGUGCUACUUGCAUGUGAAAAUAGCGAACACUUCGUAGUAGCACCACUUCCGUAGAGAAUCAGUUGCUAGUGUACCAGUGGCAAUAUCAGAGGAAUGCAGCAGCAAAGUUAGCACAUAUUACUUUCAGCAAUUAGUAAGUAUUGCAAGUGUUCAGAGAAUCAUUAUCUUCAUCGAAGUUAUAAUCUUUUGUUGAAAAUGUUGUCUAAUCAUCUGGUGGCAAUCUUAUGUAAAUUUUAACAUUGGAAUUAA